AAAGUUGGACUUAUGCAUGUUCGUGAUAAAACAAAUGAUGCUGAGAGAUACAGUGAAUUGAACUAGACACAGGCAGAUCCAUGACUGGAUAUCACCGCUCAGAGUCUAUCGCAUCCGUCUCGGGGUUGAGCCCCAGCAUAAAGGAAGUCACGAAAAUCAAACCGUGCUUUCCCCACGACGGCUUCCCUCCUCAUAUGAAUCCGAAAACUGGGCAGGGGAAGCACGUGAAAGGGCACCCCAGUAUGCGAGGGAGGGCUGGGGCCUCCGCUCUCCCACCAGCCCGGGGAGCGGAGAGCCCCAUGCUACCAGGCCCUACCUCUUCUGUGCCUUCUACGGCACCUGCAACACCUGUGACACCUGUGGCUGCCCCUCCACAUCAGCACCGCCUCCCCCGAAGUAAACGGAAACAUACAGUAGUCUUUAAGUAUUGUGAGGAGAUGAAUGAACUGAACGAGGCAGCUAACAACCGACCUCGAAGCGCCCUCAUACACUCGAUCCAGCAGGAGAACAGACACAUCAGACAACUGCAGCAGGAAAACAAAGAACUCCGGCUUGCUCUCGAAGAACAUCAGAACGUCAUGGAACUGAUAAUGUCAAAGUACAGGCAACAGGUAGCUAAGCUAGUGAGUGUCAACAAGAAGCAAAUGCAGCCCAAUACCCAGGACCAAGCCAAGCUAGCAGCACAGAUUGAAAGGGUCAGCGAGAUGGUUGCAGUGAUGAGGAAGGCUGCCUCGCUGGGUGAUGAUGAGUGCCAACAACAACAGAGAUUAAUUUCAGCCCUGGCAACAGAAAACAAGGGUUUACGAGAGAUGCUCAGCAUAGCUAACCGGUCGGGAUCUAUUCAGCCAGCCACCACAGCUGUGGAUGCAGAGACACAAACAGACCACGAUUUGUCAAAGGUAGAGGAAGAUAGGGAGGAGGAGGAGGAGGAAGACGAGACCCCUACGCAAGCAGACUCCUCAAACCUAAAUACCACCCAAAUUGAGCAGAAAUCAGCGGAAACAGAAGGGACUUCGGCAUCGUGAUAAAGCCCAAGGCCUCGUUAGAUCAUAGUCUUGCCUUCCUUCCUCUGUUCUCAGAGUUCAGAAGAGAAAAUAAAAAGGAAACGGAUGAGAAGUGUUGUGGUUCUGUAUUUAGUGUUGAUUUGGGAGGGAUUACAGAGUUACUGGGGAGAGGAGCUGACUCCAGUAAGCAGAAUAACUACUUACAUGGUGAUUAAUGGGUUAUUUAAGAACCCGAUUUGGCUGGUGACCCCCAAAUGACAGCCAUAUUCGCUUGCAGUGAUCCAAGUUAUCGGGUGGAUUUGUGUGGCGUGUUGAUGCAAGUGAUUUAAUUUAAUGACAGUCUGACGAGAAUGCAAGGUGAGACGGAUGAUGAUUUAAGGAUAUGCAUUUUUUUCCAUUGCCUUUGAAAAGUGGCUCAUAAAGUAUGUAAGUUAAAAAGGGGAAUGAUUUUGGGUUUUGUAAGAAAAAAAUAUAAAUGAAGAAUAGUUCUGAUAUGAUCCCAAGACUUAAGUUAUUUACAAAGCUGGUUAUGAUCAUUGUGUGUAUUAAAGCAAAAGGCGGUGAUGCAUUACAACAUUAAACAGGAAAAUGAAAAAGAUUAUUUGUAGUGGGAUCAAACUGAUUUUCUUAUAUGAUUAGUAGUUACCUGUGAAUAUAUUUUUUUUUUCAUUAAUUUUUGAUUUUGAUAAUUCACCAUCAAGAUUUACAGCUUCCUGUCUAUUAAGAUCAUCUGAAACUAGAUGUGAUUUAUGAGGGUCCGCAACCUCAUUUUAGUCAUGUGGCUAU